AGUGGCCUCAAGAGCACCCAUCUGGUGGACUUUCACAGGUAUGGGACCUCUUGGGUCAAACUUCAAGUGCUCCGCAUCCCCACCAGAUGAGGGAGGGGACAUCUUCCUACACCGUAAGCUCCGAUGAUCUUGCAACAGCGUCUGCCCUCAGGAAAGCGCUUGGUCCUCCGUCGGGAAGCUCGGCUGGCGGAAUGAGUGAAUGGAUGAAGCAGUUCAGCCAGCCCGCUUCUGGUUAUUUCCAGUCUAAUCCAGAUAGGGAAAAAUCUUUCCACAAUACAUCUUCACAAAGCAGUUACCCAGCAUGGCAUCACCAACUAAAUAGCACUGAAAAGCAUGAUAACCAAAUGGCAGAUGCUGGAGUAAGAAGAUGGGAUAGCAUGAGGGAUUCCUAUUCUGCUACCAGAGAGUAUCCAGCUGGUUGCUCUUCAAAAGAUUUUCCCUCUUGGUAUAACGAUGGGAAUGGUAAAUCUCUUCCUGCAGCAAGUAAUAGUGUCGGCUGGCCACAGUCCUCUCGAUACCAGCAACCAAAUCUUCAAGCUGACGGAAAAGCCUAUCAGAUUCCCUUUUCUGGCAACAGUUCGUACAGUGAUUAUCAGCAACCGAACAGAGAGCUGAAUAACAGGGUGGAGCGAAGUCCUUCUGGCCUGUCUUCUGACAUUAUGAGUCAGCUUCGGGGAAAGGAUCCGGCUGUUCUUACCAGGAUGCUUCAGGAACUGGUUCCCCACUAUCCAGACCUUCAGAAAAUCGAUAUUUAUGCACUAGCCCAAGCUCUGAGUAAAAUCAACUAAGGAAGAAAUGAAUAAAGAGUUCUCCAUGACAAAGCUAAGUAACUGCUUAGAUCUGGUCUUGUAGAAGGUUUCCUCAGUAUUUGUUUUAUCUGAAAUCAGCUGGAGGAGGUAUACAUUCGGUGUUGUUUAAGGGAAGCUACUUAAUGGUAGGAAGUGUAAUACCUUUUAUUAGGAUCAACCAAAUGGACACAAUUUGGUCGUAACAAAGGUAUUGCACAGAUCUCAUUCUUGACUUCGGAUUUUGCGGCUGUUCAACUUUUUCAUUCCGUUCUAAACCAAGAUACGUUGCCUUUUGAAGUGUCUUGAAACCCCUGCUCUUUCAACUUAAAAUCUUUGUUAUAAAUAGCUGGAUGUGGCUGUGCUGUACUAUGUAAGAAUAAAGAUGAUUUUUCCACAGCGA